AUGGCUCAAGUUUUACAGUUGGACCAACAACAAGAACAACUAGCUGUCAGGAUAAAAUAUUUAAAACUGAAAAGAAUCAAUGAUCUAAAUGAAAAAUUAAGAUCAGAAUUAAGUAGAGAGAGAAUAACAGCAUCGAAUGCUUGUCUCUCGUUGAUAAAUUUUACAACUAAUAAUACAGAUUAUACUUUACCGGAUGUGUGGGGACAUCUUGAACCUGGUAAAAACCAUUUCCGAGAGACUGUGAGAUUAAGAAGAGCUAAUAGACCAUCAGCAUCGGCAGAUUCUACAGGUUGUUGUACUAUUGUUUGA